UCCAGUUAUAUACCACUUGAACUGUGUCUAAAACCCUGGUUCUUCUAGUUCCCUCUAAUGGCGAUUUGGAUGAAAAGGGGCUAGGGUUCCUGGCCCUAGCUCCUCAAUGCUGCUUCAUAUCUACCGGUCGUCGAGGCCCAAUUUUCAUCUCUUCCUUCCCGGAAUCCUCUCUCAGUUCCACCUCCUUCCUUCUCAUGCUCUCAAAUCCUCAUCUUGUUUGCUGGAGGCUGAGCUUCCGACCGAUCAUUGUGUUGAUGCAAACGGCCUGGAUGCAUCAUCUCGUUCGUUAUUGGGCGAAGUUGGGAUCAAACCCUUCUGGUUUUGCCAAAGUGAAGGGAAAGAGGGAAACUUUGUGGAGGGGAUGAUGGGUUUGACCCAUGGAUUGGAGGAUUUUCGAGUUUCUCAAUUUGAAAGGUGCCAUGGCUUGGCGAGGAAAGGGAGAUUGAAAGAGAUGAGGGCGGUUUUGAGGCAAAUCAUUGAUGAAGAAGGUUCUGGUUCAGCACCUUUUUUAUGUGAAUUAUUAUUAAAUAACUUUCAAGGCUGGGACUUCAGUAGUCUUGUUUGGGACAUGCUGGCAAAUGUUUAUGCUAGGUCCGAAAUGGUUCAUGAUGCGGUUGUUGUUUUAAGACAGAUUGAUGGCCUAAACAUGCAAGCCUCAAUAUCAUCAUAUGAUAGUUUAAUGUACAAUCUAAGGCACACAUACUUAAUCUGGGACAUCUAUGAAAUAAUUGGAGCUCAGGGAAUUUCUUGCAGUGGCUACACUUACAACAUCCUCAUUGAUGGUCUCUGCAAGCAGCAGAAGUUGCAGGAGGCUAUAUCUUUCUUCCAAGAGGUGAGAACAAGGAAAGAGUUUAAUGCUUGCAUUGUUACCUUCAACACAUUGAUGAGUGGAUCAUGCAAUGUAGGGUCUGUAAGGAUUGCCAAAUCAUUCCUCUCCAUGAUGUUGAAAUAUGGGUUUCUUCCUGAUAGAUAUAGUUAUAAUACACUCAUACACGGGCUAUGUGUAGCGGGUUCGGUUGGGGAAGCUUUGGACCUCUCUGAGCAUAUGGAGAAGAAUGGGAUACUGUUGGAUGUGGUGACUUAUAACAUUCUCAUAAAUGGAUUUCGGUUGCGUGGAUUAAUUAGUGAUACCUGGAAACUUGUUAGGAAGAUGGUCAUAUAUGGACUGAAGCCAGAUCUUGUUACUUAUACCAUACUGAUUGCAGGGCAUUGUGAAAGUGGCAAUAUAGAGAAAGGAAUGAGGAUACAAAAGGAGCUCCUCGCAUGUGGUUUUCAGUUGAAUAUAAUCACAUACAGUGUUAUUCUUAAUGCUUUAUUUAAAAGAGGUCAGGUCUGGGAAGUAGAGCAACUUCUGGGUGAGAUUGGAACUAUUGGUUUAGAUUUGGACAUUGUUUGUUAUUCAACUCUCAUUCAUGGCUACUGCAAGCUUGGAGAAAUUGAGAAGGCGCUUGAAGCAUGCAGGUUGAUGCGCUAUAAAAGAGUGAUUUGCAACUCAUAUGCACACAGAGCAAUUCUUUCAUGCCUGUGCAAGAAAGGAAUGAUGGCAGAAGCACAAUGGUAUUUAGAUAAUUUAAGCAACAGUGACCAGCCGGUAGACAUUAUUUUGUAUAAUACAGUGAUAGAUGGAUAUGUGAAAUCUGGUGAUGUUCAUGGGGCAGUUGGGCUAUAUGAACAAUUAAUCCCAAAGGGGAUGACCCCAACCAUUGUCACAUAUAAUUCACUUAUAUAUGGAUUCUGUAGAGUCGGGCAACUACAAGUGGCAGAGAACUUCUUUAGGACUUGCGAGCUUCAUGGAUUGGUUCCCACUGCAGUGACUUACACUACAUUAAUGGAUGCGUUUUGUAGAGCAGGGAAUGUUGAUGCUACACUAAAAUUAUUUGAUGAAAUGGUCUGUAAAGCAAUUAGGCCUAAUGUUGUCACCUACAGUGUGGUUAUGAAAGGGCUCUGUUAUCAAGGGAAGUUAGAAAGAGCUAUGGACAUACUAGAGCGUAUGAGCUCAAAUGGUAUAGUUGCUGAUCAAAUUGCAUAUAAUACCAUCAUACAAGGGUUUUGUGAAACACGGAAGAAAAAAAUGGCCUUCAAAUUUUUUCUAGAAAUGGGGAGGCAAAAUCUCAUUCCUACCCCUGUCACAUUUAACUUGCUUAUUAAUCUCCUUUGCAUGACUGGAGAAGUUGGAAAUGCAGAAAAAUUCUUGAAGUACCUUUCGGAUGAUGGUGUACACUUAAGAAAAUUUGCUUAUAGCACAAUAAUUAAAGCGCAGUGUGCAAAGGGAAUGCCAUAUAACGCCAUUCAAGUUUUUGAAAGAAUGGUGAAAGCAGGUUUUGUGGUCUCAAUUGAAGAUUACAGUGGAGCAAUCAAUCGAUUAUGUAAGAGGAAUUACACAAAUGAAAGUAAAAUAUUUCUAAAUAUGAUGUUGCGUGCUGGUAUUUUGCCAGAUCAAGAGUUGUGUGCAGUAAUGUGCAAUGCUUUCUACAAGAACAGAGAUCUUUGUUCAUUUUCUGCAGUACAGGCAAUAAUUGUGAAGUGUGGUUUUAGUUAUCCAUGACUUAUGUUUUAAGGAGAGCUGUGCAUUUAAAUUGACAGAUGCCGUGACUUUAUGAGGUAACAAACCCAUCCUUCGCUAGCAAUUGGAGACAUAAUGCUGGGAGCAUUGUUGUAGUUCAUUCUAUGAUACACAAACACAGUUUCACAGAAAUCACAACCCAAAAGAGAUGGUGGGUGCCAAUGAGCUGAACCAUCAAGACAACAUGUGCGGCUUUGAGAUGUCUUUAUGCGUGUAUCAUCAACAUCCACUCAGAUGAUGAGCCUCCGAAAAGUCUCUGAUCAGCUACCAUGAGAGAAUUAGACACGCUGCUCCCGUUACCAUUUCUAGUAACAAAUAUGUGGAUGAAGAUGGAAGCUAUUGUUAGAGUUGGAUCUAUGAAUUCUAUUUGCAGCACUAAUUUUGGAGUGGGAAGUGGAAAGUGGAAAGUGGAAAUAUCUCUCACACUCACUCUAUUAUGACCGGAAUGGUGGUUGGUGAUAUAUCACAAUGAAUCAUCCUUAUACAAUUCUAGUGGAGAAUGCUGUUGCUAUCCUGGUCUCCGCCUUUUCGGUUUCACUACGAAUGGAUCCUCCUCCAACACCGGAUGUGCCUCUUCUUCCUCCUGCACCAGCACCACCAACAUCUGAUUGUUUGUCGACAAUCCUGUGGUGUUUGUGCUGCUGUGGAUUAUGGAGAAGUUGCUGCCCACCUCUGUUUGACGAUGAAUUCGGUCGGUUGCCACUUUAAAUUCAUGCUUAUGAAUGUGAUUUUUGUCACAUUUUACACACAGGUUGCAGAACAAAAUAAACCUUUCUGUUUGUUGUGUGACUACAAUAAUGUCUCUAUUUCUUUUUCUCUGAUUUUCACUAAAUUGCUACAUGCAUCAUGCAUGUGUAUGUAAUGUGUAUUACUGCAGUCAGUCUUAAAACUGAGUUUACUGUUCUGUGUACCCAGCAACACUGUGAUGCUCCCAUCUGAAUUUAUAAUUGGAGGACAGUUCAAUUUUAUUGCUAUUUCUUUU